CCCACUACUUGUAUAUAUUCAUAUACCACCCACCUCUAUGUUGCAAGUGCUUUGCUAAGUUGUAACAAAAACUCUGUAUCUUUUUUCUCUCAAUGAAUGAUAAGCGGUCAGUGGUGGUAGCAAUGGCAAGGGUGGUGAUUGUUUUCGACUUUGACAAGACUAUCAUAGACUGUGAUAGUGAUAAUUGGAUCGUGGAUGAGUUGGGUGUCACCCAAUUGUUCACUCAGCUCCUCCCUACCCUGCCUUGGAACUCUCUCAUGGAUAGGAUGUUGAUGGAGCUUCACUCUCAAGGAAAGACGAUUGAGGACAUUGCAGAGUGCUUGAAAAAGGUUCCAUUGAAUCCCAGGAUUAUAUCUUCAAUUAAAUCAGCACAUGCUUCUGGGUGUGAUUUGAGGAUAGUCAGUGAUGCAAAUGCAUUUUUCAUUGAAACAAUCUUGAAACAUCAUGGGCUGAUAAAUUGUUUCUCAGAAAUCAACACGAACCCAAGCUUUAUUGAUAGGGAAGGUAGGCUUAGAAUCUUACAAUUCCAUGAUCUCAAUACGCCUCCUCAUGGCUGCAAUAUUUGCCCUCCCAACAUGUGCAAGGGUCUAAUAAUGGAAAAGAUCAGAGCUUUUGUAUCAGCAGAGGGAAAUAAGCGGUUCAUCUAUCUUGGUGAUGGAUCCGCAGAUUUCUGCGCCAGUUUGAAGCUUGAAGGAGGAGAUUUCCUGAUGCCAAGGAAAGAUUUCCCAAUCUGGGAAAUAAUAUGCACCAACCAAAGACUCAUAAAAGCAAACAUUCAUGAAUGGAGCAAUGGGGAGGACCUUGAAACCACACUGCUCAAGUUAUUGAACUCAAUCUUCCUUGAAGAAGAGAAAAGCAGUGUGAGAACUGAUCAGUUGGUUGAAGUUGAUUGCAAGUUCCUCACGAGUUCAAUCAUUACCCAUGCAUGAUACCUUUAGCUAUGCUCUCCCAGUUCCCCAAUAGUUGUAUGGGUCUCCAUUUUGUGGUUAUAAGAGUGCCACUUAUGUUUCUAAUGUAAGAACCUCUUAUUAGCUUUUA